ACAGCAGAGUCGUGCACUGAGGGAUCUCCAUACUCAGCCUUUGUUUACAUGCUGUACCUGUACAAUACUGCUUUCAUAGAGGAAGCUUUCAUCAUAAAUGCUUAGCUACCAGCCUGAGUGUUACCUGAGCAUAAUGCAGAAAGCGAUCUUGGCUACACUGUAACAGGCCCUACUUUCAGGAGAAAGGCAAAGAAGUUGUCUACCUGAAGCAGAAAAGAAAUGCUUAAACCCCAGAGAAGGAUUGCCAGACAGACGGGAAUCAGAUGUGCUAAAGAUGAAUUUGUGUGUCAAGGAUGGGAUAUGUCUACACCACAUGACUACGAAGACGAAGACCUAAUGAUUUGUUCUUUUCCACGGAAGUGCAAGUAUCUGAACAGAGACAGCCUUGUGAUAUCUCCCACUUUAUAUCUCAGAGCAUCAGAAUCCAAGCGUAAAAAAGAACCUACUUGUCUCCCUUACCCUGUCAUGUCUGAUAUUCCUUCAGAAUCAAAAUCCAUCAAACAACCAGAAGACAAGCCUAAAAUAUUCAGCAGUUUGUCUGGGCCUUCCGUAAUAAAAUAUUCUACAGCAAAUAAGGAAGCUAUUAAAGGUAAUGAGAAAGAAAGUAGGGUAAGAAGACUACUAUGCAUUACAGACAGCAUACCAAGUAGACAUACAUUGGAUCAAACAACCAGUACAGACGAAAAUAAUAACUUGUCUGCAGAUCAACGUCCCAGGAGUGAAAAUGUUAUCACAACCCAACAGGGUUCCAAACCAUGUAUUCUACAAUAUAAGAAGGAUACCAUGAGUGAAACCAUAUGCUUAAGUCAUGAUGAUAACAUGAUUGAAAACUACAAAGAUGCUAUAGCUAAACUCAGAGGCCAAACAGCAUGGAAGUCAUUUUCCAGUCCAUCUGAAAACCUUGUAAAAUCUUCUUUCCAUGGUCAAAUCCAGACCUGUAUUUUACAACUUUCAAAUAAAAGUUCAGUGCAGCCCAUGAAGCUUAUCACCUGUAGUGACAAUAGUUCAUUUCUUAAGAAUUCCAGUGGAAAGAUCAAAGUUUUUGAAGGACGAUCUCAGAGGAUUCAGACAGGACAUCAUCGUGGUUCUUUUCCCGCUAGUCCUGUUCUUUCAGUGCAUAAAAACAACAGAUUAGAUGCAGAAAAGUUUGUCUGGUGCCAAAACACUAGAACUGGGGCAUGUGAUGACAAAACACCUCUGUCACCAGGAAAAGAAAAUGCCAUAGACACACAGGAUGUUUGGGGUUUUCCAGCUUUUCAUCCAUACCCUAUGAAAACACAGCUUCAUGGUAGCUCCAGUUCUUCAAGAGGUCAAACCAGGAGUGGUAAGAGAGUGCAGUCAGCACUAAAGCACAAUAAUUCUGCACAGAACCAGAGCAGACAUAUAUCUGACCCAAAUAAAGAUUUGACGAGUCUGGGUAGCCAGGUGACAUUAGGUCUAAUGCUGAAUGCUAUAAGGACUGGAUUGAAGCAGAAUCAAAUCAGAGUUAUGCUUGGGCAAGCAAACAGAUUUACAGAAGCAAAUGCCAAAGAAGAGAUGAACAAAAACCAGCACAAUUUCUCUUUGAUACACAUCAGACAAGAGUCCAAAUAAAUAAAUUUUUAAUUAUGA